AGGAAACCAAACAAGGAAUCCGGCUAUGAGCUGUCUUACGUUACGUGUCAUUUCCAGAGUUUCAGUGAUUCAGAAAUCUCCGGGAGACUUUUGGUGAACCAAAUCCUUGCUGGCUGCUGUCUUCUCAUUGGUGAGCUGCGGUCGCCCUGGUAACGGUAUGAAGGCUCUGAUCCUGGUUGGUGGUUACGGGACCCGGCUGCGACCACUCACGCUGAGCGUGCCCAAACCGCUGGUGGAGUUCUGCAACAAGCCCAUCCUGCUGCACCAGGUGGAGGCUCUGGUCCAGGCCGGUGUGGACCAUGUGAUUCUGGCGGUGAGCUACAUGUCUGAGCUGCUGGAGAGAGAGAUGAGAGUCCAGGAGGAGAGACUUGGCAUUCGUAUCUCUCUGUCUCACGAGAAGGAGCCUCUGGGAACUGCGGGCCCCCUGGCGUUGGCUCGAGAGCUGUUGAACGUUGACAACGAGCCGUUCUUCGUCCUCAACUCGGACGUAAUCUGUGAGUUUCCGUUCAAAGACCUGCUGCAGUUCCACCACAGCCACGGCAAGGAGGGAACCAUCGUGGUAACCCGUGUGGAGGAGCCCUCUAAGUACGGUGUGGUGGUGUUUGAGGGAGACACCGGGAGGAUCCAUCGCUUUGUUGAGAAACCGCAGGUCUUCGUCUCCAACAAGAUCAACGCUGGCAUUUACAUCUUCAAUCCCAGCAUGCUCAGCAGGAUCCAGCUGAGACCAACAUCCAUAGAGAAAGAGAUAUUUCCUGUCAUGGCGGAGGAGGGACAGCUGUACACCAUGGAGCUACAGGGUUUCUGGAUGGACAUCGGCCAGCCUAAAGACUUCCUGACAGGGAUGUGUAUGUACCUUCAGUCGGUACGGCAACAGGCUCCCGAGAGGCUACGCACGGGGCCAGGUUUCCUAGGCAACGUCCUGGUGGACCCCACGGCCCAGAUCGGGCAGCACUGCACCAUCGGGCCGAACGUCACCAUCGGCGCCGGCGUGGUGGUGGAGGACGGAGUGAGAAUCAAACGCUGCACGGUGCUGAGGGGCGCCCGGGUCCGAUCGCACGCCUGGCUGGAGAGCUGCAUCGUGGGCUGGAGCUCCUCGGUAGGCCAGUGGGUGCGUAUGGAGAACGUGACGGUGCUGGGAGAGGACGUGAUCGUGAACGAUGAGCUCUACCUGAACGGAGCCAACGUGCUGCCGCACAAAUCCAUCAACGAGUCGGUCCCGGAGCCACGAAUCAUCAUGUAGCAUCGGGGUGGCAGGAGGAAGCUCCCAGAACUCCACUGAACACCCAAUCUGUGCCACAGAGAGAGAGAGAGAGAGAGAGGGACGAACAUAUGGGUGGAGGAAGAGGAGGAGGAAGAGGAGGAGACAGUUCUUUUCUUUGUUGUUUUCAUUAAUUUCGGACUUGUUUUUAGCCCUGCUUGGCUGCACCGUCCAUCAGCCAGAAACGAUGAGCUGUCAGGAAGCAGCCUGGCCCGUCAGGGAGGGUUAUACGCAGACCUGUGUCAGCGCUGCUGCAGGUAACACAUGAGACUUAAAGGGGACAGACUGUAAAUGUCUCCGUUUGUCCCCUUGGCUUUAUUACAGAAAGGGGGAGGGAGGGCACCAAUAGACCUUUUU